GACACUCCCUUCUCACUUCAGUGCUUACUCAUCCACGAAAUCCAGCGCUGGAUUCCAAGAUACUGCUCGCGUGGAGAUUUAAAACUGGACAGAGGCAUGAUAGUCCAGAAGAGAAGACGGAGGGAUGCCAGUGCGUUUGGUGCCAAGAUUAACAUCCAGUUUUUGUCUGUGUGCUCCUGAGAAGAACAGAAAGACAAGUCAAGUGGUCUAGCACUCAAGACAGCUGAUGAGGAGCAGCAGGAAGAAGAAAUCUGACAAAGUAUGGCUGCACCUGAUCUUUUAGAUCCUAAAUCAGCCACACACAACACCAAACCACGGCUGUCGUUCUCCUCCAAGCCCAUUGUAUAUAACACGGGGGAUGAUUGCGAUACCAUAACCACCGUAAUGAAGUGGAAAACAGUAGUGGCAAUCUUCCUGCUGGUUGUUCUGUAUCUGAUAAUUGGAGCCACGGUGUUCAAAGCCCUGGAACAGCCCCAGGAGAGCUCUCAGAAGUACCUCAUCAUGCAAGAGAAAAUUAACUUCCUUUCCAGGCAUGCCUGUGUCAAUGCCUCUGAGCUGGAGGACCUGGUCAAGCAAGUGGUGUUUGCUAUCCGGGCCGGGGUCAAUCCCUCAGGUCACCCCUCCAAUGAGAGCAGCAUGUGGGACCUCAGCAGCUCUUUCUUCUUUGCAGGGACUGUCAUCACCACUAUAGGCUUUGGAAACGUCUCUCCACACACAGAAGGAGGCAGGAUCGUUUGCAUUAUCUAUGCCCUGCUGGGGAUCCCACUCUUUGGGUUCCUAUUGGCUGGAGUGGGCGAUCAGCUGGGAACCAUAUUUGGCAAAGGAAUCGCCAAAGUGGAAAAGAUGUUUGUGAAAUGGAAUGUGAGCCAAACUAAAAUCCGUGUGACAUCCACGUUCCUGUUCAUCCUGUUUGGCUGCCUGCUGUUUGUGGCCCUUCCCGCCCUCAUCUUCCAGCACAUUGAAGGCUGGAGCACUCUGGAGUCCAUCUACUUUGUUGUCAUCACUUUAACCACUAUUGGAUUUGGAGACUUUGUGGCAGGAGGCUCUGAGAUUGAGUAUUUGGACUAUUAUAAGCCCAUUGUGUGGUUCUGGAUCCUGGUGGGUCUUGCCUACUUCGCUGCAGUUCUCAGUAUGAUUGGUGACUGGCUUCGGGUCAUCUCCAAGAAGACCAAAGAGGAGGUGGGAGAGUUCCGCGCUCACGCUGCAGAAUGGACAGCUAAUGUGUCCGCGGAAUUUAAAGAGACACGCCGCCGCCUGAGCGUGGACAUUUACGACAAGUUUCAGCGGGCAGCGUACAUCAAGCGCAAGCUGUCAUCAGAGCUAGGCCAAAAUCCAGGUCAGGACAUGAUGCCGUGCAAGAGGACCCUGUCUGUAAACUUCACAGAUGAACUUGAGAAAGAAGGUCUCCCAACCUUGACCAAAAAUGGCAGCCUGUACCUGAACGGUCUUACUCCGGACUGUCUCGAUCACGGCGAGAUAUCCAUCAUUGAACAUCUCAAAUAAAGCUCAAGCUUCUCCUGCAGAUGCUAUAACCGAACAGGAAGAUACAUUUGUGUCUACAACUAUGUUUGUUGACAAAGCUUUAUCAGAAGCGUUCAUAUCUUUCCUGGAUGUGUACUGAUGUACUAGAAUCAGUGAGAGGGUGACUUUAUGCCUUGUGCCAGUCAAAUUAAUCUGUCUAUACAUUUUGUAGGAAUUAAGAUGUUUGAUAAAGUCUGUAUUCUUGAGCAAAACAAGACAGCUGCUUUUAUUAUCCAGUGAAUCAUAUUUGUGCCUUAAAAUCACCAGGAAUAGACUUC